AUGUCCGAAGAAACAUUCAACCACCUGUGCAACAAACUGCGACCAGCUCUGGAACUGAAAAACACGAACUUCCGCAGAUGUAUGCCCUUAAAGAAGAGAGUGGCUGUAGCACUUUGGAAGCUUGCUACUGGCUCUGAGUACAGAUCUAUUGGACAUCUUUUUGGAGUCAGCAUCACAUCUGUGUGUCGAUGCGUGCAGGACUUUUGUGCUGCAGCUGAGGCGUUGUUGGUACCAGAACAAAUCCGGUUUCCAACCCAGGAGAAGUUCGCCGAAAUGUCAGCAUAUUAUGAGAACAGGUGGGGCCUCCCACACUGUGUGGGAGCAAUUGAUGGAUCUCACAUACCCAUCAUAGCGCCACAAGACUACCAUUGCGAUUAUUUUAAUCGUAAAGGCUGGCACUCAAUCAUCCUGCAAGGUGUUGUUGAUGGAAAGGGCCUGUUCUGGAAUGUCUUUGCUGGAAUGGCUGGGAGCCUGCAUGAUGCCAGGGUCCUGAGAUUGUCCACACUGUGGGAGCUUGCCACCCGGGGGAACCACUUUCCAGCUCACACCAGGAACAUUGGAGGGGUUAGUGUGGGCUACUACCUCUUGGGAGACUCAGCAUAUCCCUUGCAGAAUUGGCUGCUUAAGCCUUUCCAGGACACCGGGCGUCUCACUGCAGAACAGCAGACAUUCAACAGAAAGUUCAGCAGAGGACGCGUGGUUGUUGAAAAUGCUUUUGGCAGACUGAAGGGACGGUGGCGUUGUCUUCUGAAAAGAAAUGACUGUGAUCUCCCGCUGGUGAAGUCAAUGGUGGUGACUUGCUGUGCUCUUCAUAACCUCUGUGAAAGUCAUGGUGAGAGAUAUGAGGAAGAAUGGGAUGCAGUUGCAGCAACAGCAUUUGAGCCAGGGAUGGCAGUGGCACAGGAGGUUGAAGAGGAGGGCAGUGAUGUGCGUGAUGGUCUGAUGCGUUACUUGAUGUCAGAUAGGUAA